AUGUCUGACCAGGGGUGGGCGGCGAAGCCGCCCGACAACGUAGUGCCCAAUCUGCAACACCCCGAGGAUGUUCUGCAUAGCGUCAAUCUCGUUUCGCAGAUUCUAGCAAUUGCUUUGACCAGUUUGUUCGUGGUCCUGCGUUUCUACACAAAGACCUUUGUCGCGCCUCCGUUUUACACAGAUGACUUUGUUGUACGAAUACCAACACAAAAGCAGAUCAUGUCCUUGGGGUACGACGCCACAGCAGUUGUCAGUGAGUAA